UCGAUAGCAAACGAUGGAAACGUUGUGGAAAGCGAAAACGUCAUAUGACCACUGGUGCAAAAGUUCUGGCUGUAAAGAUGGCACGGGUGAUAUUCCUUCUAUUUUCGCUGUUUGUCGCAGCCAACUGUGAUCAAAUGUCGAUCAUCUCGGCACCGAAAGCAUUGGAAUUCCGGGGAAACAGUCGGUUGGACGUGGAAGCCCUGUCGGACGUUUUUGGUGCCUCCCUUGGUUACUCCGUCGCUCGCUUUACCGAAUGGGAUGGGUUGAUUGUGAAGGACCCCUUCAAUAUGGCCAACGGUGUCGUAAUAGUUGUUGCUGAAGGAAUCCAGUCGCUUAAGCUGGAGGGCGCCCACACUUAUGAACUGUAUGGUGGAUCUGCUUCGGAAACAAUUAGCGAAUUGGUACAGAAGUCAGCUGACCAUCAUGGUGUUAGCUUUGAAAUUGAUCUGAAGGAAUCGUCGGACAGUUUCGCUACCCCGCUGGGAACAGUUCAACCGGAUGAUGAAGAUGUGGAACCGAUUUAUUUGAAACCCAAGUCGAACAAAGCCGAUUCUGACUUUAUGCGGCAAGUUGCGUUUAUCAAUGGGCUAAGCGAUCUGUUGGUUACUUCCACCGAUGAGAACAUUCCGGCUGUUCAUAUUGUCCGUGUGUCGUUCGAAGCUGUGUUAGCUGCUCAUGAACCAUCGUCUCAUGCUGCUACUGAGGCUAACAAACUACUUGUCAAUGCUUUGGGUGAAUUGCGAACCGCAGCGGAGAAAGCGUUCGAUGGAGCCGUGGUUGUUGGGCUAAUCACUUCUACUGAGGCGCCACUGGUUCGCUCCAAGCGACAGGCUGAAACGCCCAAGCAGGCAGAUGAUCUGAAUAUCGCUCAAAAGUACAACAGUAACUAUCCAGUCAUCUUUAACAUCGUGCUAUGGUUCAGUGUCAUUUUGGUGUUUUCGCUAAUAGCAAUUUCGAUCGCCAUUGCUACCAUGGAUCCCGGCAGAGAUUCUAUCAUCUACCGCAUGACUUCGACGAGAAUGAAGAAGGAAAACUAAAUAUCCCAAAGAAAAAGUUACUCCAUGCAGAUACCCUCCAUUACCAUCCUGUAUCUUGUAGAAAAAAAAGUGAACAUCUGCUAUCGGACGUAGCGAGAAUGUUUGUCAUUUGUAAGUAUAAAGUAUUAUCGCCAAAAUUACGUUAUGACCGAUUGAAACAGUAGUAAAAUUACAAUAGCUUUGUUCUCCGUAUUUCGUGCCACGCGCGUUGUUUUGUGACGUUUCUUUCUUUCAUUGCACACCAGACUGAACUGAAUGCUAAUACCCCCAACAUCCUGGUUAGGAUUUAGAAAGUUGAAUGCGUAGGAUUUACUCAGAUGCUGUUCCGUUGAAAAAGUUUGCACAGAAAUGUACGUUUUUGUUGUUAUUUUUUGAGUUUUAUCUCCGAUGAUCAAAUAAAGGAAACAUUCCACUCCGGA